UCUACAUCGUCGCCUUCCUCUCCUCACUAUCACCCUUGCUCUCCAUUCGACCUCAGGGUGACGCUUGUUCAUCCCGCCGACUUUGCGUGCGUGCUUGCUUCCCCUCUCCCUCGCUGGAGACCACUGGACAUCCUCGGCAAAGGUGCAUGCACGCCCAGCACUAGCCACUGACUGUCUCGCUCGGCCCCGUCACAAUGGCAACGGCAUCCCUCAUGUCGUCACCCGUUGGCAUGCCCUCACGCUUCGACAUCUUCGACCAGCCCAGCUCACCGACGUUCAAACAUGAGGACUUGCCUGCUGAGUUCGGCGAGCGCUCCUUUGGCUCGUCGAUGUCCCUGGGCUCCUCCAUCGACCUGGCCAAUGCUUCCGCCGCCGCGGCGGUCACAGCGGCCGCCGUCACGUCGACGAUCCCGUCACUACCCUCGUCGGGAUCAGGCUCGAGAUUGACCAGUCUGGCACACGGCGAUGCCGCUGCACGUCCACGCUCCAACUCCUCCCUGGCGCGGCAUCAGCAGUACAGCCUCGGCGCUGCCAUGGGGACAGCACUCAACGCCAAGUCGCCAGGACUGGGGGCCAAGCUCAGCUCGCCUCACUACAUGGACAUUUCUCCCGCCCCACCUUCAAGGCGGACAAAGGCCAGCACACCGCCCAAGACUCGCCCAUCUCCCGCCACGGAUCUUCCGCCGGGGAGCGCGAUGAAGGAAGAUACCCCACCGGCCGCUGCCUCGUCCUCAUCCUCCUACCACGUUUCAUCUCCCACGACGGCCACACGCAACGCCAAUAGGAAGCUCUCUGACCCUGUCACAGCCGGAGGAUCUCUAGGCAGACUCUUUGGCACCGAGCUCUCGCUCAAUGAGAAGAAAGUCUCUCCCAAAAGUCUGCUCCUCGACGAGAACUCGGGCUUCGAGAGCAGCCCCGACAAGGAGCCGCCGGCGAAAAGGAGGCCCAAUUCACUUCCUGUGUCCCAACCUGGCGGCAACCUUGUGCGUCCAAGUCUGCGCUCUCUUGGCAUGGGCCCAGCUCUAAGCAGCAGCGGCAGUAAACGUCCUAACCUGCACAAAGCCUUGACAACUUCACAGGCUGGCGACCUGCCGAGCGCUGGAAAAAGAAAGAGCCUGGAAGCUCUCAAGCAGCAGCACCGCGCUUCGGAACCUAACGUGCCCACGACGAAGUCUUUUGCGCUCAACAGGCCACCACUCAAAGGCAAGACGAGCUCGAUGGAGCGGCUUCGAAACGAUGUCAGGUCAGGCACUGGCCUUGAGAUGGAGCAGGGGCGCAGUAGCAGCAGUAGCAGCAUUCAAAGGACUAGCGUAGUACCCUCGCACGCAACUAUCAUCGAGUCGCCCUCUCCGUCGACGCUUGCAAACGAGGGGCUGGGGUCCUACUUCUUUGCUCCGCAGUCACCUGAGCACAUCGCCGAGCAACUGAAGGGGAAGAGGCAGUCGGCGUCCUCAUCGUCUCGCCAAAGUCUUUCUUCGAUCUUCUCCAACGCUCCCUCUACCUCUCCACCCUCACAGGAAGCACAGCCAAAGGCUCGUACAUUUGAGAAAGCAGCUUCCUCGGCCAUCGUACCCUCGAUGAUGGGACAGCGCUCGAGCAGCGGAUCGGGAUCUGACCAGAGCUCGCGGUCAUCGCUUGGAAAGCGUUCCAACCCUUACUCGAAGCGGCCCAGUCUGGCAGGUCUGCAGACCGGCUCAGCCUUCAAGAGCUCCUUUGCUGCUCCCCCGGCCUCGAGGACGACUGCUCCUGCCCCACGAAGAUGCCAGUCAGCGAUCGACAAUUCGACGGCAUUCAUCCAGGCUGGCGAGGAUAUUUCCAUGAUGAGCGGGAGCAGCUUCGAUGCCAACGAAUCGAUGCUCGCAGACUCCUCUUCGCCAGACGUGAGCAACCUCAUGGGAAGAAGGUUCCCAGACGGCUUUGAUGCCAGCGGAUCUCCAAUCGCACCCAGUGCUCGUCCCAAGGUGCCGCGUCCUGGUCUGCUUCGUCGGCCCAGCAAGGACGACAGCUCGCCACUUGGGUACGGUAUGGGAAAGCGAAAGGAGGGCAACGGCGAAAUCAUUGUGGGCCAAUCGCCCAUGGCCAUUGGGUCGCCGUAUGGGGCUGGCGAAGGUCUGCCUGGUUUUGGGGCCUCGGAGCGCGAGGGAAAAGUGCUCCCGUGUCACAACGUCAAGGACGAUGGUCUGAUGCGCAUCACGCCCGAUACCCUCAUCGCUGUCUUGGACAGCAAAUACGCCCAUCAGAUGGAGAGCUACCACAUUGUUGACUGUCGCUUCGGCUACGAAUACGAGGGAGGCCACAUCCCUGGCGCCAUCAAUUUGAGCACCAUGGAGCGUGUCAAGAAUUACUUUCUCAAGGCAGGUCAAGGCCUUCACGCGGGGGGCAAGCAGCUGCCGCCUCGGACACAAAGCGGCAAAGCCGAUAAGAGGGGCAACAGCAAGAAGCAGGUCCUCAUUUUUCACUGCGAGUUCUCUUGCAAGAGAGCGCCUUCGAUGGCACUGGCUUUGCGACAGGCUGACCGGGCCCUGGCCCAGGACUACCCCUCAUGCCACUUUCCCGAGGUCUACAUCCUCGAAGGCGGCUACAAGAACUUCUUUGACCACUACUCGUCGCGCUGCGAACCACAGCAGUACGUCGAGAUGGAUGACCCCAAGUUCCAGGACAAGCGAUCGACGGAGCUCAACGGCUUCCGCAAGCAGUUUGCGAGGCAUCGUUCCUUCACGUAUGGAGACACGAUGAAGAACCUGGCUCCAUCGGCCAUUGGCAACCCAAGCUUUGUAAAGGGAUCGCGGGCUGCAGCCAUCAAGGAAGAGGACAGUUCUUUCGAGGGAGGGUCAUCUCCCUCGGCCGUUCAGGCUGAUGCGAUUGCCGCCCGCAGGCGAAUGAGCCAGCAGCAGGCUGGGUCUGGUCCCUCCAACGAAGCGCAUCGAGCGAUCCUACCUACACUCAAGCCCUUGGGCUACACGGCGAACGGUGACAUCAGCUGGACCAGCUCGGCGGGCGAUUCGUCCUUCGAAGGUGGCCGCACUGACAGUCCAUGCGCCGCUGCCGGGUCUCGGAAACCCUCUUCCCUGCUGCCAGGGCCCUGCCAACCGACCAGCGGCUCCCUUGGCCGUCACGCGCUUCAAAGGGCCAGCACCGCCGGCAACAUUCAUCAUCGGUGACCUGGUUAGCCUUUUCUCUUCUCAGCCAUAUCUCUUCUCUUCUCUUCUCUUCUCUUUGUCUUUUCAAUCGUCAAUCGUCGCAUGCAACAAAACAACAACAACAUCAUCGUCAGUCAAACAAAGCUGGCAGCUCGUCCCUGAAGUUACAACAAAAACACACACAUUCGCACCUCUUUCGAACGCAGCUCUCAACCAUCGCCAAUUUUGUCCUUUCAGCUACAGCUCCAGUCUCAUCUUUCUCUUUGUUUCUUUCUCUCUUUCACACACAUCGGCUCUUUCUUCUUUUCUUCGUGUCUCUUGCAUACCAUACUCUGGCAAUCAACUACCCGCUCUUCAUCCUUGGUUC